UGCGAGAAAAACUGGAGGAUGUGGUAGCACUGAACACAAAAAGCCAUGCAGAGUUCCGUGAAUAUGUGGUCCAUGCAGUUGAGAAAUAUAAAAAGGACAUGAAAAAGCUGCACGACGCAGACCUGAAUGCACAAAGGAAGCUGACACAGCUUCACAUCAGUGAACUGCAAAACAAAACAAAAGAAAAGACUCGGGCUCCUGUGAUACAGCCAAACACCAACAACAUGGCUGGAUAUAAUGGAACACAAAUGCAGCCUUCCCAAACAACAGUACCAGUGGGACUUUCUGCACCUGUCAUAAAUGUCUACCCAGGACAACAAGGUGGACCUAGUGGAGGGAGAGGUCCCUCCUACCUACAAAACUGGCGAAGACAAAAAGGCACAGUUUUGGGACCAUGUUGGGGAUGUGGUCAAAUGGGACACAGGCUGAAACAAUGUGGAAAUCCAGCCCAAAACCCUGCCUGGACGGGGCGUGGCCGGGGGAUGAGGUUUAGUCAGGGUAGGCCCAGAGGGCCAGUUAAUCCAUUUGCAAAACAACAAGGAUUCUAGGGAUGCCCAGAGGAUCCCAUUAUGAGGUGUGAACUACCAAUUUUAACCCAAAAUUCAGAUACUGACCCAAUGGUUGAAGUAAAAAUAGAAGGAAAAUCAAUACCAAUAUUAGUUAACACAGGGGCGUCAUUCACUUGUGUAAAGUCAGAACACGCUGAACACCUCAAAAUGUCAGACAAAUAUAUCAGGACAGUGGGAUUCUCGGGGAAAAAACAAAUGAACCAAAUUGACGGCUCCAGUAAUUUUGACAGUAAAUCAAACUAAAAUUAAAAUGCCAAUUUUAGUAUCAGACCAAACUCCUAUAAACUUAUURGGAAGAGAUGCAUUGUGCAAACUAAAAGCAAAAAUAUGSUGUUCUCCACAAGGAGUCUAUGUAGACAGUUCUGGAUUAGAUUUUCAAAUGCGUACACAGACUGAAUAUGCAAAUAUUUAUUGACUGGGAAACAUAACAAAACCAAUAUCAGAAACUUUUAAGAAAUGGGAAAAAUACAUUAAAGCACAACUUCCAAAUGCGAGCAAUCCAAUGAGUGACUAUCAUUGUACUAUGUACUUUGACCCAUCAUGUAGCAAAGUAUUUGAAGACAAAUGGAAC